AUGACGAGGUGCUUUUGUCUCGGCUAUAGAGGCUCUCCCCAACACCCUGCUUGUGGCUACCUGAUACCCGCCCCUUCUGCCUCGCCUCCUGCGCGCCCCCUUCUGCCUCGCCUCCUGCACGCCCUUCUGCCUCUGCCUCCUGCACGCCCCUCCUGCCUCGCCUCCUGCACGCCCCUUCUGCCCUGCCUCCUGCACGCCCCCUCCUGCCUCGCUCCUGCACGCCCUCCUGCCCCGCCUCCUGCACGCCCCUUCUGCCCCGCCUCCUGCAGCCCCUCCCUGCUUCGCUCUGCACGCCCUCCCACCUCGCCCCUGCACGCCCCUUCUGCUUCUGCCUCCUGCAGCCCCUUGCCUCGCCCUCCUGCACGCCUCUGCCUCGCCUCCUGCUUCUGCCUCCUGCUUGCCUCCUGCACCCUCCUGCCUCGCCUCCUGCACGCCCUCCUGCACGCCCUCCUGCCUCGCCUCCUGCACGCCCUUCUGCCCGCCUCCUGCACGCCCCUCCUGCUCCCGCCUCCUGCACGCCCCUCCUGCCCGCCCUCCUGCCUCGCCUCCUGCACGCCUCUGCCCCGCCUCCUGCACGCCCUCCUGCCCGCCUCCUGCACGCUCCUGCCUCGCCCUCCUGCCUCGCCUCCUGCACGCCCUCCCGCCUGCCCACUGCACGCCCUCCUGCCUGCCUCUGCACGCCCCUCCUGCCCUGCCUCCUGCACGCCCCCUUCUGCCCGCCUCCUGCAUGCCCUCCUGCUCGCCUCCUGCAGCCCUCCUGCCUCGCCUCCUGCACGCCCCUCUGCUUCGCCUCCUGCACGCCCUCCUGCCUCGUGA